CUGCUCAGUUGAGCUUCCAUCGUUGCCCCGAUCGGAUCGUUUGAAUACAGAAGUCCCAAAAGUCUCAGGUCGAAAUGUCCAAGGAAGAGUCCAAAUACGGCUUCAAAGACAAGGCCAGGGCCGAAGAAUCGCUGGAACUGCUCAAGAGCGAAGAUCACAAAUACCAAACGUUGACCGUCCGUGGGCUGCUCGGAAGGGCGAAACGAGUUUUGACCUUAACGAAAGCAGAAGAAAAAGUUAAAAAUAUCAAAGAAGCCAUUGGCGUAUUCGAGGCCUGGCUCGAGGACAACACGACGAGCAGUUCGAAGAACUCAAAGCCCAAGGACACGGAGGAAAAGGUCGAAACCGUAGCCGGACUAGGCUUCAAAGACAAGGAGGCGGCUGAAAAGACUCUGAAGAUCCUAGAAGGCCGCGAUCCGGACUACCAGAAGCUCGCCAUCAAGGGUCUGCUGGGCAGCGCCAAACGAGUGCUUCCAUCCACCAAGAAUGAGGACAAAAUUGCCGCCAUCAAAGCAGCCGUUGCGCUGUUCGAGGAUUUCCUCGAAACUUUUGACCGUGAGGACCGUGCCAAGCAGAACAUGGCCUACUUAUCGCUCGAGCUGAUCCAAUCGGUGCAAACUGUUAGCAAACCUUCCGAGGCGUUGGCCGCAGAAUUCGUGGACUGCUACGCCAAGGUUGCCAAGGGUAACUACAAACAUCUGCGGACAAAGUUCCCCAAGGAGGACGGAGAAACCAGCUGGGACAUUGUGCGCAACCGGAAGUUGCUCAAACUGAAGGAAAAGGUCAAGGAGUCUGGGGAAAAACUGUUCGAUGCGGAUGGAAAACCGACGGAAACGCACCUGGCGAUGAUCUUCUGGGCGUACAGUCCCAACGUGGACAAGCUGAAGACGUACUGCGGGUCGUUGAAGAAAUCCGGCGACAAGAAACGGUCACACUCUUCGUCGGAAGAGGACAGCGACGAGGACGAGUCGAGCAAGAAAAAGUCCAAAAAGUGAAUGAAUCUUGAAAUUUGCUGGUGGUUGGGGAAAUAUGUUCAAAAAUAAUUAACUCAAAUAAAUAUUUAUAAAAAAAAA